AUGAAUAUUGCGCCCAGGAUACUCUCGAUAAUAUCCGAAAAGAAUUUGGGUGCAUUGAGCGUCGAAAGUAACGUCCAGGGGUAUCUAGCACCUGACCGCAACGCAUUUUCUAUCUGGCCUCGUAACUCCUCAAACGUGCGGGCCAUGGCCUGCUGGGUCUCAACGAUAUCCGUACUCGAAUGCGACAUAUACUGCCACAGGGACACUUGGCGGGUAGACGAGGUGACUUCUACCUCCCCGGUUGGAGACACGCAGACAUCUUCCCGCGUUUCGUCCGUGGAUGUGUUCAUGCAUAGGAAAGCAAGGAAGUCGGCGUUGACCAAUGCAGUGCGUAUCAGGUGCAUAUCUUGA